GGCGGAUGUGAAGUAAACAAAUACAAACAGGGCUAUGUCACGGAGAGCUAACAGUUUUGAGAGUGAUGUCGGGGAAGAUGAGCACGCUUCCCUUCUCUAUAGAGAAAAUGGAGACGUCAUUGAUUCUAUUUCUGUGACGACAGAGAAGAAGGGCUUGACAUCCCGUUUGGCGUUUGCCAUUUCAUCCUCAAUCCUGGGUUCCUCUUUCAUCGUUGGUUACAAUUCUGGUGUCAUCAAUGAACCCUCAGAGGUGAUCCAGGACUUCUACAAUAGCACAUACUACAACAGAAAUGGGGAGUACAUGUCAUCAUCCCUCCUCACACUCCUGUGGUCGUUUACCGUGUCCAUCUUUGCCAUCGGGGGUAUGAUAGGGGGCCUCUCAGGAGGAUAUGUGGCCAACAGAUUUGGCAGGAGAGGAGGCCUCCUAAGAAAUAAUUUACUCAACUUAAUAGCAAGUGGCCUGCUAAUUUCUUCAAAGUUUGCCAAAUCAUAUGAAAUGCUCAUAGCUGGGAGGCUUGUGGCUGGGUUGUGUUGUGGUAUAAACACUGUCAUAGUGCCCCUGUACCUGUCGGAGACUGCGCCAACCUCUAUACGGGGAUUAUCAGGCACAUUUAAUCAGCUGGCAAUCUGUUCUGGAACUCUGGUCUCGGAGAUUCUGGGCCUUGGAAAUGUACUUGCCAAGGAGGACACAUGGAAUUAUUUGCUUGGAUGCACCCUUGUACCGAUGGUGUUCCAGUUAUUGACCCUGCCAUGGUGUCCAGAAAGUCCAAGAUACCUAAUGAUAAAUAAGGGCAAUGAGGAUAUGGCAGAAAAAGCUUUGAUAUGGCUGAGAAAAGACAUCGAUGUCAGUGAUGAGUUAGAGGAGAUGACAAUUGAGAUGGAAAAGGCAAAAAGGGCUGCAGAGUUCCAUUUCACAGAUUUGUUCAGGCACCGAGAACUCCUCACUCCAUUGAUCAUAAGUUUGGUGCUACAGCUGUCUCAACAGUUCAGUGGUGUCAAUGCUGUUGUUUUUUAUUCCACUCUGAUAUUUGAGAGUGCUGGACUGAGUCAGCUGAAUGCUCAGUACGCAACGCUUGGUACGGGAGCUGUGAAUGUUUGCAUGACUUUCGUGUCGGCUAACAUCAUGGAUAAGCUUGGUCGGCGCACACUUCAUCUGAUUGGCCUCGGGGGAAUGUUGACAUUCAGUGUUGUUCUUUCAGUGGCCCUCAUCUUCAAGGAUGAUGCUUCAUGGCUGUCGUACAUCAGUAUUGUUGCUGUCAUGGCCUACAUGAUCUCCUUCGCCACAGGUCCAGGUUCUAUACCGUGGUUUUACGUAGCCGAGUUAUUUGCUCAGGGACCAAGGUCAGCAGCGGUUAGUUUGUCUGUACUGACCAACUGGCUUGCCAAUUUCAUAGUCGGACUUUCAUACCCAGAAAUACAUGCUGCCAUAGCAGAAUACUCCUUCUUUCCUUUCAUUGGGAUGCUGGUAUUUUUCUGGUUGUUCACCUUUUUUAAAGUUCCGGAGACAAAAGGAAAGACUAUUGAUGAAAUAACAUCUUCAUUCAAAUCUGACUAUCAAAAUCUAAUACAAAGUCCUGACUCACGCCAUUAUACACGACUGCCGGGGGAGAGCUACUCUUGAUUGUCAGUCAUCAUUUUUACUCCAUUUCUGUUCAAACCAAAGCAAUAUUGUGAUCCUUUGUGCGGUAUUUUUAUGAACCAAAAACACCGUGAUAUUUUUUGCUUUAUUACUGUGUACCAGGAACCUGGUAAAUGCUUUUACUUUGUUACUAUAUUUAGUACCUUAAUAACUGUUAAUCCAUUUCAAGUAAAUCAUCAGAUAAAUGGUGACUACAUGUGUCCAUCGUUUACGCUUCAUUAAUUACACUUGCUUUGAUUUAAAUCCAUGUCAUUUUAACUGGCAAAGUAUAAUGUUGCAAUCAUGUAAUUAGCCAACCAUGACAAACCAAUCAUGUAAUUAGCCAACCAUGACAAACCAAUCAUGUAAUUAACCAACCAUGACAAACCGAUCAUGUAAUUAGCCAACCAUGACAAACCAAUCAUGUAAUUAGCCUGUAAUUAGCCAACCAUGACAAACCAAUCAUGUAAUUAGCCAACCAUGACAAACCAAUCAUGUAAUUAGCCAACCAUGACAAACCAAUCAUGUAAUUAGCCAACCAUGACAAACCAAUCAUGUAAUUAGCCAACCAUGACAAACCAAUCAUGUAAUUAGCCAACCAUGACAAACCAAUCAUGUAAUUAGCCAACCAUGACAAACCAAUCAUGUAAUUAGCCAACCAUGACAAACCAAUCAUGUAAUUAGCCAACCAUGACAAACCAAUCAUGUAAUUGGCCGACUAUGAAAAACCAAUCGUAUAACCGGCCAAAUAUAACAUACCAAUGCAAUCAUGUAAUGGGCCAAUGGUAAACAAACCAAUCAAUAGACGACCUAAAAUAGCAAACAACUUAUUCAACGGGUUGACAAUGACAAGCUAUUUAUUGACGAUGAUGAUGAUGAUGAUGAUGAUGAUGAUGAUGAUGAAAACAGUUAAUCUUGUAAUGCAUUUAUGGUAAUGAACCAUUACAUGUUUAAUAAUUAAGUAAAUGUGGUAUUUGUACAAAUAAACAGAGGGUUUAAAUUUGAGAAGGAGCGUCCUGAUCACGAAUCAAUGUAAGAAAAAAGUGUGUCGAAAAUAUACAUUGUCACUGCCAGUAUACCUUGUCUGAAAAAUACUCUAUGUACAAUAUUAUAACAUGUACUUACAAUAUUAUCUAAUGCAUAUGAUUAUGUCAUUACAUAUCAUUACAUAAACCUGCAUACUUGCAGUGUUAUUAUAAAAUUGUAUACAUUGUUAUUACCUAUACUUACAAUGUGAGAACAUUUACGUAAGACAUAGACACAGUAUUAUUGUAUUACACAUACAAUUGACCAAUCAAAACCAUUCAUUUUCAGGCUUUCAAAAGUCAUCCUGUCAUAAGUUGCUUUUAAAAAAAACUGACUUGUUGUUCUGAUUAUCAUUUGAAUUAUCCAGGUUGAUUGGUUCUAAUUGGUUAUAUUUAUAAUUUAAACAAUGUAGAGAAAUUUGGAUCAUAACAAUUAUAGAUCAGGGUGAGAUCCUGGAGGGUCCUGAUACACAUAUCCAGUCCAAGUCACAGCCUAAGGAUAUGCUAGGUCCUACACACGUUACCAGGGAGGCAGCUUAUAAUUAGGGGUAUCCCGAAAUAUAUAAAAAAAAUCCAUGGUUCUGCCUCACUAGCGGGACCAGAGGAAUCUACCUCACUAGCAGGACCAGAGCGAUCAACCUCACUAGCGGGACCAGAAUGAUCUACCUCACUAGCGGGACCAGAGGGAUCUACCUCACUAGUGGGACCAGAGGGAUCCACCUCACUAGCAGGACCAGAGCGAUCUACCUCACUAAUGGGACCAGAGCGAUCCAUCUCACUAAUGGGACCAGAGGGAUCCACCUCACUAGUGGGACCAGAGGGAUCCACCUCACUAGCAGGACCAGUGCGAUCCACCUCACUAGCAGGACCAGAGCGAUCUACCUCACUAAUGGGACCAGAGCGAUCCAUCUCACUAGUGGGACCAGAGCCAUCCACCUCACUAGCAGGACCAGUGAUCUACCUCACUAGUGGGACCAGAGGGAUCCACCUCACUAGCAGGACCAGUGCGAUCCACCUCACUAGCAGGACCAGAGCGAUCUACCUCACU